CAACUCAUGAAAGCUUAUCGUUUGAUGUUUGAGUAUUCCAUACUUCAAAACUACGUGCAAGAUAUCUAGCAAAUCCAAUGGACAAUGUCAAAGCUUAAUGCUCCCAAUAAGCUUUUACUACAAGAAAUUUUGCCCUUUUGUUCUGAAUCUCCUUCGGUCUGUUAAUGGCAACAACCAGUUCCUCGGAAUCGGCUAAUCCAACUGGAUAUCGAAAGAUGCAGCAGUGCUUGAAAAGCCGGCGAAGACUGCGGGCUUUAGCUGAUUGGGGAGUGCUCCUGGCUUUAGUAGCAAUGAUGCAGCUGCUUCCUGUAGCCUACUGUCCUCUUCCGGCAGAGGCCCAUGUAUUUGCACUCGAAAGAGGUUUGCAGUUGAACCGACUGGUCGACCUUGACGACGUUCGAGCCCAAGACCGUGCAAGGCACACCCGGUUCACUCAAGAGGUUACCAGGGGCGCUGUUGACUUCUCGCUGAAUGGUUCCGCCGACCCCUUCAAAGGCGGGCUUUACUUUGCAAAGGUGAAAAUCGGAUCUCCACCGAGGGAAUACAGAGUACAGAUCGAUACCGGAAGUGAUGUCCUGUGGGUCACCUGCUCCUCCUGCACCAAUUGUCCCCGAACCACUGAACUUGGAGUUGAGCUUAGCUUUUACGAUACCACGAGUUCAUCAACUGCCAAAACUGUCACCUGUUAUGACUCGUUGUGCAUUUCCGAGCUUCCAACUUCAGCAGCAGUGUGCCUCGAGCAGAGCAAUAGCUGCGGCUACUCCUUUAAAUAUGGUGAUGGUAGUGGGACUUCCGGUUACUACGUCACUGAUAACUUGUACUUCGAUAUGAUCUUGGACCGCCCUGAUUCGGUAGCAAACUCUUCAGCCCAAAUCAUAUUCGGGUGCAGUACUUACCAGUCCGGUGACUUGACAAUGACCGACAAAGCAGUCGAUGGCAUCUUUGGGUUCGGGCCAGGGCGCAUAUCCGUAAUUUCUCAGUUGUCUUCUAAAGGAAUUGUCCCCAAAGUCUUCUCACACUGCUUGAAGGGCGACUCGGCUGGAGGUGGCUUCUUGGUGAUUGGAGAGAUUUUGGAGCCAGAUAUCGUUUACAGUCCGCUCAUCCCUUCCCAGCCUCAUUAUAACUUGAACAUGGAGAGCAUCGCCAUCAAUGGUCAAGCCUUGCCAAUUGAUCCAGCAGUUUUUGCAACAUCGACCUCCCGAGGAACUAUCGUAGAUUCUGGAACAACUUUAGCAUAUCUUGUGGAAGAAGCAUUCGAUCCUUUCGUCAGCGCUAUAACUGCUGCAGCUUCGCCCGUAGUGAUUCCGGUAUCUGUCAAAGGAACCCAGUGUUACAUAGCCUCCACAAGCACAAUGGAAAAUUUUCCACUGGUCAGUUUAAACUUUGCUGGAGGAGCAUCCAUGUUGCUAAAGCUCGAAGAGUACCUCAUAUACGUCGGUUCCAUGGAUGGGGCUCCUCUCUGGUGCGUUGGGUUCGAGAAAACUCAACAAGGGGUUUCGAUUCUUGGAGAUCUCGUCUUGAAAGAUAAGAUCGUGGUCUAUGAUCUAGCUCAGCAGCGGAUUGGAUGGGCGUAUAGAGACUGCUCGACAUUGUUAAACAUGUCCAAGACAUACGGCUGGGACAAACUCAUCAGUGCUGGGCGAAUGAGUGCAAGCAACUCAAUCAGAUUUAAGCUCUUCAAAUUGCUAGGGACGAGCUUCAUAGCUCUCCUACUGCAAGUUCUAUCUUUUCUCUUCACAUAAAUAUAUACCGCAUAGGGACAUAGUUCUCGAAUACAGACAAUGUGAUUUAGCUAAAUGCGGCGAUGUACGUAGUUUUGGGCAUUCAACAGUUCUUUUGGGAUGGAAAAUCCCGCAUCUCGUGUCUUGUAUGCGGAAGUUUCGAGUUUCUUGAUCUCGAUCUUAGCAGAAGUUAAGGAUAGUUCCCAGAUAAUUGUCCAUCCGAAAUAAGUGCUGAAUUUUCUCAUA